AUGGGGGCUCGGAUUUGGCCCAAGAACAACAAAAAGCUGUUCAAUUUUAAAGGAAAAAAGAAGACUGUUGCUGAAAUGCCAAAUCAAAGAGACGAGGCUGCUGAUGAUUCCCCAGCUGACCUUCCCUGUCUGGAAAAACUUGACUCUCCCACAGGGAGCCCACCCACCGCCUCAUUAUCCAGUCUGAUGGAGCUGGAAAAUUGUGUUUCCAACCUGAACCUCGCGCAUGAGAUAGUACUGAACAGAGACUUCUGCUUCAAACCCAGGAGCCCUCCCACAGACAGCCUGGAGGGCAUAGUGACUGAGACCAUUCACCGAGCCUUUUGGGACAGUCUUCAAGAGCAACUGAAUGACGAUCCUCCAAACUACAGCCAUGCUGUCACUCUGCUGCAGGAAGUCAAGACGAUGCUUCAGUCCCUGCUGCUGCCCGGUCACGUCAGGCUGAGGUCUCAGCUGGACGAGGUGCUGGACAUGGAGCUGAUCCAACAGGAAGUCGAUCAUGGAGCUCUGGAUCUCCACAGACUGGCAGGAUACAUCAUCAACACCAUGGCAUCCUUAUGUGCACCUGUGCGAGACCCAGCAAUCAGAGCUCUGAGGGACCUGAGGGACCCCGUGGAGCUGUUGAGAGAGAUCUUCCGCGUCUUGGGCCUGAUGAAGACCGACAUGGUUAACUUCACCAUCCAGAGCCUGAGGCCUCACCUCCUGCAGCAGGCUGUGCAGUACGAGAGGGCCAAGUUCCAGCAGAUCCUGGACAAGCAGCCGGCUUCUCUGGAUGAUACCACCGCUUGGCUUCAGGCAGCAGCAUCAGAAGAGGCGGCAGCAGUCAGUGCUGGGCCCGAGUCUCCCCGUCCUGACAGCCGAGGUCCUGUCAGCGCCACCGCUGUCCUCAACCGGGCCUACAUGCGUCUGCUACACUGGGACCCGCGAGACCAGAAAUAUCCCGAGACUGUGCUGAUGGACCGAGCCCGCCUGGACGUUCUGGGCCAGCGGCUCCAGUUGCUGGUUCUGGAGGCGUCAGUGCUGCUCCUGACCAAUGCUCAGUGUGGGGGCGCCGUUUUCUCCCUGCAGGGGUUUGUAGGUAAACUCAGGCAGUCCGUCACUGUCCUGCUGGAGGGCAGUCACACCAGGGAAGCAGACCUAAAGGGGGCGCUGCUGGGGCUCAGGGAGACAGUGCUGCAGCUGGUGACCGAAGCUGUGAGGAGCCACGGAGGAGCAGCGCUGCCUCAGGAGAGCCGAGAUCUGCUGAAAGGACAAAUCUCUGAGCUGUGGAAGCACAACAACCCUGUCCGCACACUCAUAGGAGAAAGGGUACAGGGCUUCCUCCAGGCCAUGCUGCAGGGCGGCCCCGCUAAAAGGAGUCCAGAGCUGCCCGCUCCCCUCAGGCUGGUGAGCGCCGAGCUCUCCGAGCUGGGGACGGCCUUUGGGCGAAUCGUCCACUUCAACCGAACGGUCUUCGGUCCCUUCUACGCACCCGUCCUUAGGAAACUGCUGUUCCCGCCAGGAGAGGCCGAGACCGGGGACGACACGCGCUAGACUGAGGGCGACCCAGACAACCUCCGGUGACCUUAACAUAAGCUGCCAGUUGGCACCGAACGUGUCGCUAUAGAGUGUAAAUACUGUAAACAAGAAUGUUCAAGGGAAAGACAUUUACACAAAUGUACAUUACUAUUAUAUUUUUCAGGUGUUUAAACAAAAAGUUUCUCAAAGCUCGAGGCAGGUACUGAAUUAUUACUGCAUUGGUGCAUCUGGGCUGCACAUUUCAGUGCACAAACAUCAGAAAAACUAACAGAUUGUGUGAAACAAAAUGAGUAAUCAUUUCCACCCAGACAAGAGUAACAAAUAGUUUGUAGUACGUUUAUGAAAAGAGACAGAUUUUGAUUCUGAGAUAUUUUGCAGGGGGAAAAAAUCGAUUGUCUGAAAAUACACUUUUGUUGGUUUCUGUCAGUUCUCAGAUCUCUUCAUUUCAAGAUAAACAGUCUCAGGAAAAACAAAGUACCAAAGAUCAUGCAGAUAGUUUGUAUAUAAUACUUUAGUUUUAAUAUGUAGCUGGUUUCUCUUCUUAUCUUUAUGUUGACAGAUGAUUAUGUACCAAAGACUUUGUGCAAUUUUUUCUGAUUGUUUUUGUUUUUUGCACCUUUGCUUAUAAACCAAAGCUAUACUCAGUGUUUCCCCUUCAGCUGUUUUUAUUAGUGGGAGGUGGUAUACCAAACAGGCACUUAUUUGUAAAUAAAUACUGAAUUGAUACAUUUUCCAACCUUUAGGAGCAAUGAUUCACUCAACUAAAUAAGUUGAAAACAAAUGAAAAUUCAGGUCUCAAAAUUCACCAAGAAAUCAUCGUUCACAUUGAAUACUUUUGAACAAUAAUCUCAUAAAAGGAUUCCUGGAUCCCUUUUAACAGGCAGAGCUAAACACAAAAACAACUUAAACAGGGUGCUAAAGAUAACCAAACACGUUGCUACACAACAAAGUUGGUAUUUUCUUUGAAACUUGAUUGUUGGUAGGAUUAGCUGCUCCAUUUAAAAAAAAACAAAAAAAAAAACCCUGCAUCAUUAGAAAACAACAAAUAAAAAUAAGGUUAAUUAUUUGACCGUUUGUGAGCAAGUGCUGUCCUGUAUUGUCUGUAAAACAAUUUCUUAAAAAGAGCGGGAACCCUAAUGUAAUGUAAAUAACUGAUAUAAAACAUAUUCUUUGUUUUGCAAAUCAAGCAAAGACCUGUGUCAUUUCUUUUUAAAUCAUGCAACAAAUCUAAAUGGCAAGAACAGUUUUUAAGGACUCUGUAAAUGCCAUCACCACAGCAGAGCAGAACCAGACACUUCAGGGAAUCAGAUGCUCAGCUCUGUGACUCGAAUAUAACACACAGUACACACAAACUGGUGCUAAUCGUUUGUUGAGAUUAGAAGUUGCACCACCCACUAAUCUCUACAGCAGGGGAAACACUGAUAGUGUAAUUGUACAAUAAUUACCAUGUUAUUAUGUUUGUCACUUUGAACAGCUGGCAUUAUUUUUUUCUUUGUGUUUUUACAUUUUUAACCAUAAAACAAAAUCAAUGCCGACAA